AUUGAUUUCCUAUUGUCUUUAUUUUUUACGUUUUUUUAUUUCCCAUGUUUGUCAUGUGCCCAUUCGCAUUUUCUCCUUAUUUUUGUCUUAAAAGUUUUCUCCUUUCUGGGUCUGGGGCAUUGCAUUGAUUGGCCUUGGUUUUACUUCAAGAACCCUUCUGGUCCCUGGUUUUAGGUUUCUCUUUCAAUUAUUUUUUUCCUUUUCCCCUUUAAACAUCCAGCUGCAUUUUGUUUCAACCUCACGGUUGCUUCUUCAAAUAUGUAGAACGUGCUUAUGAAUUGAUGAAUGGAGGAGGGACAAAACUAGGAGAAGGUACUCUUUCUACUAAGGUGAUAUUGAGAUUGUAAUAUAUGGCAGCAGUGCCUAAACAGACAACUAUGGCAAUAAAGUCUUACAAAAAUCAGGCUCAGAUGUUGGUUAAGAACUACUUAUUAGCUGAUCCUUUCGCUCCUUAUACUUCCAUCCUCGGUGGCAUUCUUGCUUGCAAAGUGGUCUAUGAUCUGACUGACUUAAUCAGCAGCUUUUACAUCAAGACUUACCCUAGUCUUACUAAAAUUCAACGAGUAGAUUGGAACAAUCGUGGCAUCUCUACAACUCAUGCCAUUUUUGUUUCUGCUUUGUCAUUGUACUUCGUUUUCUGGUCAGACCUCUUUUCUGACCCACAUCUUACGGGUCUUAUGGUCUUCCGGAGCUCACAACUCUCUACUUUUGGAUUAGGGGUUUCUCUUGGAUACUUCUUCUCAGAUCUUGCUAUGACUUUAUGGCAAUAUCCCGCUUUAGGUGGAAUAGAAUAUGUCAUCCAUCACCUCCUUUCUGGAACUGCAGUGGCAUAUUCAAUGUUUACUGGAGAAGCUCAGCUGUAUACAUACAUGGUUCUUAUAUCUGAGGUGACAACCCCAGAGAUCCAUUUGAGAUGGUAUCUUGAUACAGCUGGUAUGAAAAGGUCCACUGCAUAUCUAAUUAAUGGUGUUGUCAUCUUUAUUGGCUGGCUGAUUGCGAGAGUUCUUCUGUUUGGCUACAUGUUCUACCAUGUGUACCUACAUUAUGAUCAGGUGAUCAAGAUGCAUGCCUUUGGUUUCGUCUUGGUUUUUGGUGUGCCGUCUGCAUUAGGCAUCUUGAACUUGAUGUGGUUCGGGAAGAUCAUUAAAGGUCUAGCGAAGACUUUAGCGAAGAGGCGAUCAUGGACAAAGGAAUUAGACAGUGAAAAUUAAUGUUCAGUCGUUCUUCUUUGUGUAUUUUUCCCACUUGUGCAAUGUAUAAAAGAACUUAAGUACCAAGAAAAUUGUCUGAUUUGAAUUUUUGGAGUUGGAGAUGGAAUUGUUGUAAAUGGAUCCCAACUGAAUAUACUGUUUCAUUUAAUCAAAUAUUUUUUUGGAAACUGCAA